AUGCAUGCAGCUUUUCGAGACGAUGUCUUGAAAUCUGCUUGCACCAUAGACCUGAAAGGGCUAGCCACCUUCACCCUUGACCUCGCCCACAACAAAGCUGUUGAAACCCGUGCCCUUGCCCAAUCCUUGGCGUCCAAGGCUGCUGAUCCCAAGCUUAAGGAGCGCUAUGCUACCUGUGUUGAACUCUACGAUGAUGCCGUCGACCACAUCGAGGAUGGGAAGGACAACUUGGGGGAAGGUGACUACAUUGGCCUUAAUAUUAAGGCGUUUGCAGCCAUGACGGAGGCCAGCGACGGUCUCGACAACUUCACGCAGUCGCUGAAGGACCCAUCGGUGCUGCCUGCCAACGGGAAGGCUGUGGAAGAUAUUAGUUGCAUCAUCUUGGUUAUAGCCAAUCUUCUUCUUGGCCGUGCCUAA